GUGAAUUUGAAGGGGUCUGUCUGCGCGUUACUUUCGCGCACAAAAUCAAUUAGCCGGCUCUGGGUGGGAAUGUUGCUGUUUUCGACGAGAACCCAAACCCCCCAGCAGAGAACAGCGGACAAGCCUUACGAAAACAAAGAGACUGUAGAAGGACCACUCUCAGAUACAGCACUGAAGCUACGCUACCAAUCGUCCCCGCCAUGCUACAGACCUGGAUUCCCUGGCUGAUCGCGGGCGGCCUCGCAGCGCAGCAGCGGGACGUCUACGCUCAAUCCUCCUACUACGACAAUGACGGCGACGACGACCACACCUACGCCUACCGCAGCUCCGACUACGACGACGAAGGGCCCGAAGCGUACACCCUGCCCCCGCUCGAUACCUACGACAAGACAACGCAGAUCAUCAUGUCCGCUUGGGUUAACUAUGCGGCGAUUUCGACUACCGUUUUGCUGGGGUUCGUUGCAACUGCACUGACGUGGGACGUGCUGAAGGGGACUUGGAGGUGGUGGGGGUUUGUCGGUGGGAGUGAUGCGGACGACGAGGAGGUGGAGACUAAGGACAUUGGUGCGAGCGACGACGAGAGUGGGAAGCAGAUGGCUGUAAUUGUGGAGAAGCAAAACGAAGCGGAGAAGAUCGCGGCACUCGAGGCCAACGUCGCAUACCUGCAAAGCCGUCUGUCUAGCCUCGAAUCCGUCAUCCCUGUUCCCGAAACCACAGGGCUGCCGCCUCCACCACCCCCACCUCUUCCACCCGUGAUCCCUACCGACACGUCUCUCAAGAUUGACGCUCAGGCCAAAGGGAAACGGAACCAGAUGAAUGGAGUUGCAGAACAACCGAUGAUGGGUGACUUGUUGCAGGAGCUGUGCAGGGUCCAGCGGAAGGUUGUCCAGUAUAUAAGCCCGAGGAAACAAUACAUGUCGAAAAAGGCACCUGCGAGCUACGUCGAGUCCCCCCUCAAACGUGUGGCGGCGUCCGCUGGCUCGCUGCCAGCCCGCCCUAGAUCGGUCAGCAAUACCAGCUCGACAAGCUCGGGGUCGGCAAGCUCGUCGUCGAGGCCUUUGGAAACGCUCAAGCGUAUGAAGAGCCAGCUGGCGUCUACGUACGGGCCUACUAGUGAUGCUGAAAGCCCCUUCGAAGCUCCCCAAAGCGUGGCCAUCGCCGCCGAACCCAUCGAACCCACAUCCACCCCAACCCCCUCAGAAGACAAAGAAAACGACCUUCCCACACCGCCUUCCUUCUCCACAAAACCACUCACCGAGAACACUUCCACCAACGCCCAAGACGCUUCAGACCUUGCAAAGGAGGCGAUGUAUGCGCGGCUUCGCAAGACUAAUAUCCCGCGGUCGCCUGGAGGUACUACGUUGAUUCCGCAGAGACGUACUAGUGCGAGGUUGGCGGGUGCUCCUGCGCCUGCGGCUCCUAGCACGGCGGGCGUGACGGGGAUUAAGGGUAGUGGGACUGAGACUCUUCUGUCACUGAAAGACAAAUUCCAAAAGGCAUACCCAGACCAGUACGCCAAGUCCGCCGGCAAAACCGCCAUUGCUAAUACGGACGCACCUGCUGCCGCCGCUGCCGAGCAGCAGUGAUAUCAAUAAUCGAGCACUCAAAAGUACAUUCUUUGGCUCGUUGACGGGCGGACACUAUCAAUGGUAAAAGAGGGAGGAAGGAAGAAACCAAUGUUGGGCGGAGCAGGGAAGUGGAUCGAGCUUUUCGAUGUUGAACAUAUGAAAAGGGAGAUCAUGGAGGGGAAACGGAACUUAUGUAGCGUAGAAAAUCGUAUCGGCAACCUGUAUAACCAAAAUCAAAGAUGUUGCCACUGUAUGUCCAU